UUCUCGAUUUCUCACCAGCGCCAGUGCCGCGCCAACCGCUGACAUUAUCGCCAGUCGUGUCUUAACGCCGUCUCGAAGUUUUUGCGUGCUUAGAAAAAAGUAUAUUAAAUCGAAGUCCGAGUGUUCUGUAAAGUUGGUAACAAUACGAGUUUUUGAAUUUCGAAUAACGAAUUGUAUGGUGUUGUGAACAAGUGAAACAAUUGUUGAAAACAUCUACCUGAACGACGCGUGGCGGAACAUAAAAACAAACUGUUGUCUCGCGUUCCGAAUGGUCCCCGACAAUAAUUAGUUUGGUAAAAGUGAGUGUGUGUACUGUGAACGCUUGAUGGUUCAAUUAGAACUGUUCUGUUGAGGCAUUCGUUUCGGAGAUCAAUCGGGAUUACGGAUGUUGAAGCUGGAGUCUCCCGAGGUCCGCAUGGCGCUGCCGCUGCAGCCGCGCGCGCCGGAUCCCUCCGCCCUCGCCGCCUAUUGGGCAGAGUACGAGGACCUCUGCCGCCAGAUCAGCACCGCUCACCACAACGACGACGACGAUAACCAUUAUGAAGAAGGCGAGCUAGAAACAGAAUGGCUACAAGCAGCGGGGUUGGGUUCGCUGGCGGCGCCGUUCCAGGCCGGGCUGGAGGUCACCGAGGCCCAGCUGGGUGAGGCGGUCCGCCCUCUCCCGAGGGAGCAGGCGGCCGCGGUCCGUCGGAGGGUCAGGAGGCUCAACAGAACCGUGAGGAGGAAGCGGGCCGCCUCCCGGGCCAGGAAACCUGAUAUAAGGGACGUGUUCCGGGAUUUGGAGGUCAGUGAGAACUCAAGUGGAAGCGAGCCGCGGUCGCGCAGCGCGACUCCCGACUCAUUGGAUUCUCUGCCCAGCGGCGGGUCCGGCAGCCCUCCUACAGAGUGGGCCGAUGCGGCCACUCCGCCUGAUUUUGUCGACAGUUUCCCGCCGGGCGGUGCGCACACGCCGUUAGCGCGCACCCCGUCCGCGCCGGCGGCGCCGCGUCGCGCGCGUCUCUCGCCGCCCUCACACGCGCACUCUCCUCCUCUGCCCAUGCACGAGCUCUUCAAGCCAAAUGAUCUUCACUGGGCUGACAUCGCUACCAAUACUGAGGGUAUCGAGUUGCUAGGCUACCAAAGAUAUGGAACAGUGCAGGGGCCGAGGAUAGGCAGGGAGCGCAUCAAUGGCACAAUACUCAAGGAUGACCCCUUCAUUAACAAGCAUGCGGCCGUAUCUCGCGCCAAGAGUGCCGCGUCCGCGCAGCAGCCACUCAGCUUCGAGCACAAGUUCAACCUCGACAGGCAGAUGCUCGACCAUGAUGAGGAGUGGCCAGAAGAAGAGAGCAGCGUGGACAUCGAGACCAUCUGCGAGCCACAGCUGAAGAGGCUGCAGCCGCUUCUAUGGCUAGAACUCACCGCGCUCUUUGACAAGUUCUCGCUGCCUUUCCACAAGAGGAAACCGCCCAAGAAGAAAAGGAAAGAAGAGGGUGCAGUGUUUGGCGUGUCGCUGGAGACGCUGGUGCGCAAGGACAUGAUCCUGUGGGAGGAGACGUGGAGCUGCGUGCCCAGCGUGCUGCGCGCGCUCGCCGCCGCGCUGCGCGGCCGCACGCACGACGAGGGACUCUUCCGCGUCUCCGGCAACAAGCAGAAGGUGGCAGAGCUGUGCCAGCUGAUUGAGCGACAGUGGUACUCGGAGCGCGCGGGCGUGGAGCGUGCGCUGGCGCAGAGCAAAGGUCACGAUCUCGCCGCUGUCUACAAACGUCUGCUACGCGCCCUGCCGCAGCCGCUCCUCACGCAGGAGCUCAUGCGACUCUUCUACCACACAUAUGCCCUAAACGGCACGACCCAGGGAAGAUCUCUGAACCUGCUGAUUCUGCUGCUGCCGCCGGAGCAGCGCGCCACGCUGCGCGAGCUGCUGCGCCUCGCCAACGAGAUCGUGGCGUGCAGCGACACUAACAAGAUGAACGAACACAACGUCGCCAUGAUUAUCGCGCCCACACUCUUCCCGCCCAGCCUUCUGAUCAAGCCAUCAGACAGCCUGGAGACCCAACUGGCCACAGCUGCGAACAGUUGUCACGUGACCGAGGCGAUGAUGCGGUGGUGCGAGCAGCUAUGGAUCGUGCCCACCUCCCUGCUCGCGGCGGCGCAGCGGAAACCCCCCCAGCACCGGCGGAACCAACACACCUGAAGCGACUAUGCAGACUAUAGGCUCAGUGUGAACUUGACCUUGGCGAUAAGGUCAAAGUUACUGUUGAAAAACUGUUAUAGUGAUUUUAACGGUUGAAAUAUUUAAGUGUAGAACUGCAAGUGCAGUCUAGUUGCGUUAUGACCUUGGCUCUGAAAGGUCAAGGGCACUUCAGGGUACAUAACUAAUCCAUGUUGGAGGAAGUGAAAUGUACUAUGUGGUUGUAUAUGUUUGUUAUGAAAGCUCCACUGCAUCAACAUGACCUUGGGAAAAGGUCAAGGUUAUGAAUGUUGGAUUUUAAUUUAUAAGAUAAAUGGGUCAGUUAUAGAUUACAAUGAGAAUCGGUCGGAAUCGGAUUCGAAUCGUGAAGUCUAUAGUACUCAGUAUGCGUAAGGUGCUCACAUAAGUAUUGCAUAUAGUUAAAUAUAUAUCCAAUGAAUGUAUGUCAGUCAUAUUGUGCUGUGCUUGUAAUUUUUAUUUCCGAACAAUAUACGAGUGAUAUGAUAAUUAUAAUCUAAUAACCCGCUAUGUAGAUAUUUAAUGUAAUUGUGAAUGAGAUGCCAAAUAAUCAUAUUUUAAAUAUUUAGUUUGUAUUUCACAUGUAAUUCCAGUUAGAGGCUACGCCUUAAAUUUAAAUUUACGCAGAAUUGUAUGCGGUGCCAUUAAUGAUUUGGACUUUUUGUGAACUAAUGGUUUUUGAAGAAAAUAGUAAAGAACUUUAGUACUUUGAAAAAUCAUGUUUUUGAACGUUAAAAAUCCUUUACUUUUUUCGAUUGAAUAUAAAAAAUAUUUCUAAAUUAUUAGAUGAGAAAAUGUGUUUGAAAUUUGCCUUUUCUUCAAAAUGCAAAUAAUGGUUGUAAAGACAUGGUGCCUUAAGCUGAUAUUUAGAAAUUUGUAAAUAACACGAGAUACCGUCGGCUCUGUAUAAUAUAUUACCAAUACGACUAGACAAGCAAAGACUGACUUGGUGUAUUAUAAUGUAACAAUGAUAUUUUAAGAUUAUUUACUUCCAAAUUAAAUAAACUGCAUACUUUA